AUGAGCAUCCUGGAAACCAACCAGUACUUGCGCUCCCAUCUGGAAAAAAGCAAACAGGACUUUCGAGACCUCACAGAGAAAUUCCUCAUGUCCCAAGCUACUGCCUACUCCCUGGCCAACCAGCUGCAGAAAUACAAGUGUGAAGAGUACAAAGACCUCAUUGAAUCUGUGCUGGAGGAGGAAGUGCUGUUUGAGGAGGGGGAGCUGGCAGAGAAGAUGAGACCGGCUGCAAGGCUUGGGAGAUAUGAUCCCCUAAUUCAGGCUCAGGCCCGAGAACUGACCCACUUACGACAGAAGCUACAGGAAGGGAAAGGUGUCUGUUAUUUUUUCGUGCAGCAUGCAAAGAACACAGUCAAGUCUUUUGAGAGUCUCCUCAGGAGCACUGACGUUACCUACUACCAGAGACAGAGAUUCUGUGAACUACUGGCCCAAGGAAGCCAGCUGGCAGAGAGACUUGCAAGCAAACUCACCACUGGAAAUCAUCACGAUAGGAAGGAUGAAGACGGAGAGCCACUGACACCCAGAUCAGGACCAGCUGUGAGGCUGUGGUUCCAGGAUGCCUUAGUUUAA